UCAAGAGACAUCGCUGCGCCCCUGGAUGGUCAAGAACAUCAGGGUGUGAUCCCCGUCUCAGUGUGUGUGUAUGUGUUUGUUGUUGUAGUGUUCAGCCCCCUUUUCUGCGACCUAGCCCAGGGAAAGCCCUUGCUAUUUCAGGAUUUAUAAAACGGGCCGUGUGAUUCCUCACGGAAUACUCGCCGUUGCUCGAGCUGGAGUAAGUGAUAAAGAAGGAGGAGGGCUCGAGCUCUAGGAGGAUGAGGGAUCCGUCUUCUUGAUCCCAGGCUGCCAUCUGCGACGUAAAUAGCUGAAGCCAGCGCGAUGGACUACAUACGAGAAUUCGAUAUUCGACUUGAAAAGGAAAUGUACUAUGCUGGCGAAGUGCUAGCAGGACACGUCAUCUUAGACACAGUUGAAAACUUCAAAUUAAAAGCUAUCCGGGUGCUUCUGCGAGGCAAAGCUCACGCUGAGUGGAAAGUGGUGGUCAGUGGAGACCGGAGAACAGUUAAAGAUGAUCACGUCUUCAUCGACGACAGAGCGGUCAUUUGGGGGAAAGAGAAACUCGAAGGCAACAUGCCUAUUCUACCUCGAGGCCGGCAUUCCUUCCCGUUCCGGUUCCAGUUACCAGAAAGUGCCCUUGCCUGCAGUUUCGAAUCUCGCUCCUGCACCGUCCGCUACUACGUCAAGGUGACCGUGGACAUUCCAUACGCCUCCCCGCCACAAGGGAUGAAGUACUUCACCAUCAUAGGACCUCAUAUAGACUGCAUGGACGAACAGUACCUGAAACCACUGAUGGGUGCUGACCAGCGAGCCACCUGUUGUCUGUGCUGUCGCAGAGGGGUGGUGAGUGUCCGUAGCAACCUGGAGAGAUCCGCGUACUGCUGUGGGGAAAGCAUCCGGCUGAAAGCUGACAUCGACAACCAGAGCGACGAGGUGCUCAGGAUCAGGCUCAAGCUUGUACAGUAUGUGGAGUUCUUCAUCGAUCGGGGAGUCCUGGGCAUGACGAAGGAAGUAAACCAUACGGUGCUGGAGUACAGAGGAGACCCCAUCAGUCCCAACACGAGAUCGAAGUUCGACAGUUCCUCCAGCCUUGUAGUCCCAGUCAUGCCUCCCACGCUCAUAGGAGUGUGCAGACUCUUGCAGAUUUAUUAUGUUCUGAAAGUUUGGGUCGAGAUGGAGAAAUCUGGUGAUGAUCUACAUAUGAAUUUCCCUAUAACCAUAGCUACCUGCCCUUUCAGAAUUCCCAAUUCGAACCAACAACCUAAAAUAGAAUACGAGAUGUGCUGUGACCAUGUGGAAGGAGGUAUGUAUAUUGGCCCAGAAUUCCUCUUGGGUCAGGUCUACGACGGCACCAUGGGAUGCGUGGAAGAGGGCGAGACAGUCGUCCUUUACCGGCCCGUCUAUGUCUGCGUGAAAAACAAGGUCAAGACCGACCAGAGUUCAUCGACGAGGACGGACGAUUCCACGCCAAAGUCGCCACAACGAAAAUGCGACCAGAAAGCAUAGAAAUAGUCUCCAGACGUAUUCUGACAUUCUCUUAUUGCUGCAUCUGAGCCACUGUCUAUCAAAGAUAGUGCAAACGGGAAUUUAGAGAACAAUCCUUGUCCACUUAGAAGGUGAAUUAACCACCACACAACAACAAACUGGAUUUCAGUUUAACAGCAAAGAUUUUUCGUGGUUAAAUUCCCUUGAAAAUCCAUUUUCCUGCAAGUUUCAUUAGUGUUUGAACUAACCUGUCACAAAUUAUGGUUUGCCACAGUGGUGCCGUGACGGAAAUGUUCUCAUGGUUCUAACCAGAACUAUAAACCUCCUAAAAUUCUUCUUCCUGGUGUUUUGCUUUCUUCUAACCCUUGCCUGCUUUCUGUCUGUCACCAAUCGCACCAGUUGAUAAGAAGAAAUAGUGGAAAUUUAGAAUACUAUUCGCCCGAUAUGCCAAGAUAUACCAAAUCGUCUUGCCAACACUAAAAAAGUGAUCAUAAUCUGUUCAUAUAUUUUCCCUAAUUACUAGCUAAUGGUUCAAAAAUAAUUGUUUAUUUCAUGAGAUUUUCAUUUAUUUGUUUUGAAGAUAAAAAAAGCAGAAUCAAACUGAGAAUUGUUUGUAUGUUACUGUGUUCGUUUAAUCGUAAUGACAUAUCUCAUGCUUGAUUUUACAAUGUACACUAAUACUUAACUCGUUUCAAGUCUCAUAUUAUUAUUAAUUUUUUUGUAAAAAAUCAAAAAAGGCAUUUGCAAUAAUUGAGAGAAUAAAAAUCAAUUAUAUAAGCGAGGAAAAAAUAGUUAUGCUUGCAGUUAUUAGAAUCUCAUUUCAGAAAUCGUUCAUAUAUGUAUAAAAGUUCAUGUUUCUCAUUCUCAAUUUUCAUCUUCAUUUGUUCUUUUAACGAGUUCGUUGCUGCUCUUACAGCCUUGUUCCAAACAAGAUUGUGAUAGCAUCAACAGAUGCAGUUUCACCAUCUCAAACCGCUUUUAUACUGGCAUAAUCGUCAGGCGUAACAGGGAACCCUGUGACCCAAGGGACGAUGGAAACGUAAAUGAAACAUGAUUUUUCCACAAAUUUUUUCAUCCUUUCCUUUUUAUAUAUGAGUAUGUCCUAUAUAUCAGAAUGUCGAUUGCUCAUGUAAUUUUGACGCAGACUUUCGGAUCAUAUUAAAUCCUACAAUUGCUCUUGCGUAACUUCUUGUGUUUUUUCAAUUAUUUUUUAUUCACGCUUAAAAAUUCUUUUUUGCAAACCAUAGAUGUUCGUUUUGUUCCUAAACCGAUCACUCUCUCCAAUAAUGCUGGCAAUAAGGCGACGAGGCAUGACUUGGUGAAGCGGGUGUUUAGGUUUCUAGAUUCCUGUCGAUGAAAUUUCAUAUUUGAAUUUAUAAAAAGUGUUGCUGCAUAUUGAAUCGUUGAGGACAGCCUAUGCCUGAGAUUGGGAAGAAGAACUACGCACAUAAUUUUCUCUAUUUCAAUCCUUAGGCAUCGUCUCUGAUCAGUACCUGAAAAAAAAUAACGUAAUCUCAUUCAUUUCUAUUCGUGUGUAUCUUGGAUGCAUUGUUGCUAUUUGCUAAAAAAAAUAAUCUAGUAAAUCACAAGAGACGAAUAAAUAGUAUUGGAUACAAUUAUAGAGCUUAUUAUUACAAAAGUAAUGAUUAGUAAAUGAUUUAUCUAAUAGUGUUUACGUUAGAAAAUUUUUGAAAAUUUUGACAUAAUUAUCGGAGUAGAAGUGUGUUUCUCAUAUUCCAGCUGUUAACUUCCUAAACCAAAUGGUAGGAUUUUGUAUAAAACAGUAAAAAUUGCAUAUGUCAAUAUUUUUAUUUAAUAAAGUUCAAAAAUUCUAAGUAUGCAUAAAAAAAAUUAUUUCUUGAAAUCAAAGCCAAUA